ACUUCAACACUUCACUGUUGAGCCAUAGUUUUACUGCCCAGAUUUUCAGAAGCAUAUUUUCCCCUGGCCAGAUUUGGCCCCCGAGCCAGACUUUGUACGUUACUAACGACCUGCCGAGAUAAUGCAGGUAAGCUCAGGGUCAAUGGCCUCGCGUUGCAGGCAGGUGCACAGUGACGUCAGUAAAUCUAUAAAGGUGUGUAGAGGCACAGCGCAGGUAUCCUGGACCUUAGACCAGAGAGAAAACAGAGGCAUUCAGGAAAAAUCGCAGGAGGUCGAACAUGUCCCAGGAGGACUGAAAGAUCUACCUGACAGUCUCUCCACCUGUCGGACCACGACACCGGUAUGUUCCCCAGCUCACAGCCGGCCAGACACCCGGGUCAGGCUCUGUCCAUGAACACUCAGUACCUGCCGACGUAUGACUUCACCGGUGGAUAUCAUCACGCCCCGGCAGUCGGUGACCCGUCGGCGGCUGCUGUUUGGAACUCCAUCUACGCUCCCCGCGAAGACUAUCCCUACAGCUUCCCGGGGUCAAGUCCUAGCACUGGGCAGGUGAGCUUCAGCUCCGUGGACGUGAGCGGCUCGACCCCUGCCACAGCUGCAGGAGGCUCCUUCAGCCCAUACAACUUCAUCCCUGGACAGGAGGCUUACACCUGCAGGAGGAGAGCAACUGAACCCAUCAGACCCGCAGUCCCAGUUGGAAAGACUCGCACGAAGGACAAGUAUAGAGUGGUGUACACCGAUCACCAACGUCAGGAGCUGGAGAAGGAGUUUCAGUACAACCGCUACAUCUCCAUGAGGAGGAAAAGUGAGCUGUCGAUGUCGCUGAACCUCUCUGAGAGACAGGUAAAGAUCUGGUUCCAGAACAGACGUGCCAAAGAGAGGAAAAUUAACAAAAAAAAGCUGCAGCACCCCCAGCAGGCUUCCACCACCACACCCACCCCACCUGCCCUGGGUGGACCCACUGACAUCCACAUCACCACCAGCCCCAGCAGUAACAUUCUCUCUGAUUCCAUAUCAGGGGAGUACUGAGCUGAUUUCCAAUGAGGGACUGACAAAGUAAUUGUGUGUACAUAAAUUGUUGUUUUGUUUUUAUUUUUUUGUUCUUUUUUUCACAGAAUGAUCGAUGAUUCACAUCAGCACACAUUUCCAGAUAAUGCACAUUCUGUCUAUGCCCAUCCUAUCAUUUUCUCUGAUCCUUCAACAGUAGGUUUUUUACAGCCUCACUCUGUCAACUUAUCAUUCAUUUAUAUUCUGUGUUUUAAGAAGUGAAUUUAUUUAAUGUUUAUAGGCCGUGACUUAAGUUGGGAAUUAAGUUGUGUCUUUCUCUACAUGAAUGCAAGACGUGAGAACUGACACAGGGGUUUUUGUUCCUGUUUCUUUUUUUUCCUCUUCAAAACCACUUGAGGAAACUAGUAGCAGUUAGAACUGUAACUUUUAAAAUGUAUGUUUUUUUUUAUGCUUAUAUUAGAAAAUGGAACCCAGAAAUGAUGGGAAAUAAUAGAGAAUAUAGUGUUUUGUGUUUACUAAAAAAAAAAGAAAGAAAAGAAAGUUAACAUUUGUGUCCAUGACAUUUAAAACAGCAGAAAAAAUGACAAAUGUAGUUCGAAGGGAACAUGUGCAAAAUUUACUUUGUCAGGAUUUUAUGACAUGGUCUGUAUCUUUAGUCUGUAGUACCAGUUUUGGCUACAACAUAGGUGUUUUAUAAUCUGCCAAAAUUUCAGAAAUGUGUCUCAAAACGAGCCGUCCUGAAGUCAAAGUAGUACUUUUUUGUACUUUAACUGCUAUAAAACAUCCGGGUUCAAUCUUGGCUUUCCACAUCCUUCUGGAUUUUCCACUUGUUCUGGGUUUGACUCUGGCUUAAACAUUUAUUCAUCUGCUGUCCUGCCACGAUGGCCCAGACCAGUGUUUCCAAAACGUUUUUUUCUGGGGACCCAUAUUUUAAAAGUAAACCUUCACGACCCAAGUCAAUAGACAUGAUUCGUAAACUCAUGGUAAACAUGAUGCAAGACGACCCCAAAAAAAAAAAAAAAAAAAAAUCAUUGGGAAUUUUUGGCCUAGACUACCUUAGUGGCAUAAUCGUGGUGAUUUACUGGCAACCUUUCACUCACUGCUCAACUGUUAUCAUGGUGACAUGACACUAUCCUCUCACAGAAGAGGUGGGCGGAACAUUUAAAGGUAAAGGCACAGGAACGGCCGCUCAGAACAGGGCUGUACUCAGUUCUUUGUUGUUGUUGCUGUUGUUUUUCAACCAAAUUAUGUUACAAACAUCUUUCUUCUGGACAGACACUAAUUUGCAGCAAAGUAGCAUAAAAGGUCGGCCUUAACAAUGGAUCAUUUUGAAUGUAAAUCUGAUGAGGUUCAGUCUCGAGGAAGAAGGCAGCUAUUGUAACGUGUGUGUGAUGAGGUAGAGUUUCUCAGGAGAACGCAACAGUUGUUUAAUACAUGUAAAAUUCAAAUGAAAAACUUUUUUUUUGCUGCCGUGUUGCACACAAACACUAAACUGUGCAGAGGAAAUAAGGCAGUAAAAAGAAGGUUGUUGUUGUUUUUUUUUAGAGUUUAGUCACAGACCUUGCUUUAAAUAGUUGCACAAAGUGAACCGCAGUCUGCAGUCAUUCAGCUCUGUCAUGGUGGUGGAGAAAUACUUGUGAUAAAAGACGAUAAGUGAUAAAAAAAAAGGCUCAGUGUUUUUGUAUUUUUAAAGUAGUUUAGAGGAAAAUGAAUUGCCACACAUUCAUAUAUGUAGCUUGACAUGUAAAACUGCUUGAGCACAAUCCAUUUGUGGAUUAGAUUGUUUUAGAUCGACAAAGCAUCAAUCAUCCAAGCAUUGGAAAAGCUUUUUGUUUCUCUUUAAUAAAACCAAUUUACCACAAAGUUUGUGAGGACAUAGCUUGGCUUGUGUUUUUUUUUUUGUUUUUUUUUUUUUUUUUUUUUUUUUGUGGGGGGGGGGGGGCGGCGGCACAAUUAUAUAAAUAAUAAAAUACAUUAAAAAAAGAAGAAAAGUUACUACUGCAUAUUUGUAUGAAAUAUUGACACAGCUCUUGUUAUGCAGUGUCUACGGUGAAACAACUGUAUUUAAAGAACAUGUUGCACUCUUCAGUAGGACUAAACUGUUUGAUUUAUGUACAGUAACAAAAUAUAAGACUGACUGUUUUGGGCCAAGCAUCGGGCACGAGGGCCAACCCAGACACGACCUCAUGGUGGCCCGGGGCGCUGGCCAUUUAAGAAACGUGGAGAGAAGCUGAGAGAAUUACAGUUGAAGAGUAAAGAGUAAUUUCUGGAAGUAAAUUCUGAAACCAGAAAAGUAAAUGAAUACAAAAUUGUUGACUUAACUUGACUUAACUCCAUGCUCCAAA